AUGGCAGCCACAUUACAAGAAUUACAGGAUGCCCCCAUGGUUGAGCCAAACCAUAAAUUAGACCCUGCACAAACUGAGGAAGCUGAAGCCAGUGCUCCCCCUAAGAAAACAAAGAGGAAGAGGGAAGCAAAGAAGGAUGCAACUAUGGUUUCGGAGGAGAAAAUAGAAGAGGAAGCCCUGGCCCCAAACGCAAGGAAGCACACUCCCGAGAAAAGAAAAUCAAAGAAGGAUGGAGAGGUUGGAGCUUCCACGGAAGAAAUACCUUCCCAACAGACCCCUCCUAUGAUUGAAUUGGAAGAAGUUGUGCAGAAGGCAGAGGAGCCACCAAAAAAGAGGGAAGCAAAGAAGAGAACCCCUCCCAAAAGGAAGAUUGAAUCUUCCUUUGUUGCAGAGGAAUACCCACAACCUCGAGAGAAACCAAUAGCACCAGUUGAGCCUCCCAAGAUAGUUGUUGAAGUGGAAAGGGAAACAAUGAUUAAAUUGGAAGAAGUUGUGGAGAAGGUAGAGGAGCCACCAAAAAAGAGGGAAGUAAAGAAGAAAACCCCUCCCAAAAGAAAGGUUGAAUCUUCCUCUGUUGCAGAGGAAUCCCCACAACCUCGAGAGAAACCAAUAGCACCAGUUGAGCCUCCCAAGAUAGUUGUUGAAGUGGAAAGGAAAAUAGUGAUUAAAUUGGAAGAAUUGGCUAGGAGGCAGACCAAAGCAACCCGAGUCUUGAGUCGGGAUUUGCUAGACCUAUUCCCUAGCUCAAGCUCAUUAGAGUCGACCAAGUAA